UCCAGUUGGACAGAAAAUCUUUGAGAAUGCAAUAGAAGAAAGUAGUUUAAACCCUAUGACUGUAAAUCCAGUUAAUAGAUCUGCUGUUAACACUGCAUCACUGGAUUCACCAGUGCCGAAAUAUAAAUUAGAAGCUAAAAGAGCUUCCUUUCAGACUGAAGCAAUUGGGGGUUUUUCAAUAGAUGAUACAAAAGAAGAUGAUGACUUUGAAGGAAACAAGUUACUUUGGAAGAGGAUGUUUGAACGAAAAGUAACAAAGCGAGUGCUAAAAUUACAAGAACAGAAGACAAUCCUUCUCAAAAAAUGCAAACAUGAGAAAGCUGUUUUGGAAAAAAAGAUUCCACUGGAUUUAUUGACAAAGGAAUGGUUCAAUGAAAAUCAGUUGACAGUGCAGACUCGUCUGUACCUACUGGAAAAGUUGCUGCCUACUCUGAUUCUGGGCCUAGAGAAGUUAUUAAUGGAAGUCGAAAAAAAUCAUUUGACCGUAUUAGCGACACCACAUCCUUACUUUAACCCAAUUAAUUUCUUGGCACAGUAUCUGAUGGAGAAUAAUCCACAAUAUAACAGACCUGCAAAUGAAAAUCCAUAUAUUCAUGGCUUAAAGCAUGUGGUGGAGCAGCUAAACAGUCAUGUUGUUGACAUCAAAUAUAGCAGGCUUUCCACUCUUAAAGCAGAAACAAAGCUGAGGCAAAGUAAGAGGGAACAGCUGAAUAAAGUUUACCUGGACAAACAAGAGAAGAAAAAGGAAAGCCUUCGCUUGAAGUUCAGAGAUUGGAUGCUGAGCACCAAUGGAAAUGUGAUGCUUAGUUUGGCUCAACAUGUUCUGCGUUCCUUUUCGGAGUCUUUUCCUGAUUAUCUUUUUGAAACAUUUGAAGAUGUGAAAUAUGACAAAGAACUGGAAGAGAUUGAUACAAAAGAACAAAUACUAAAUGAAGAUGAGUUUGCAGAGUAUAUGUACUCUUACGUCAAGAGUCUGUCUGACAAUCCUUUCCAGGAUUUCCUCGAAUAUCUUUCCCACAGCUCAGAUUUUUUCCGUCAAAAAAGAGAAGGCGAUUGGUGGAGGAAGCAGUUUGCAGAACUGUUCCUGGCAUGUGACAUUGGAAAGGCAGGAUAUCUCAAUAGGAACAGGGUUAUCAUGUUAUUUGAAGAGUUCUAUGAUUAUAGUUUGGGCACCAAAGGAGCUGAAUUCCGCAACCCCAGGCAAUGGCCAGUCAUUGAACUUGAUGAAAUGGAAGGUCGAGAGUUUAUUCGUGACUUGGGAAAGGAUUACAGUAACACUGAUGCACCAGCAAGUAUACAUAAUGAAAAUAACAGCGAGAUACCUUAUUAUGGAGUGGAAAGACAUGUUGAAACUGAAAAAUUCUAUCCGGGUGAAGGUAGAGAUAUUAAAUCAAAACAGUCAGCCCGAUUCAGUUUAACAGCAGAUACUGGUGAUCUUAUUUCUGAUAAAAGUUCUUAUAGUGGGAUCCCUGAUGAGUACAGUGCAGCAACAAAUAAAUUUCCAGAAUUGGCGAGCAUUAUAUCAGAUAUCCAGCGCCGUGGUCAUACACUGAUUACAACUCCCUUUGACAGGAAUUCUUUAACUAUCCGACAAUUUGUCCAGUUGAUGGAGACUUUUAUGGGAAACACCACAGAUCCUUCAGCUAUUGAAAGCCUUCUAAACUACAUUCACUAUGAAUAUAGAGAGACUAAAGAGGAAAAAAUAGAAAAAUUAACUCAGGCAAAUCGUGAGGCAUUGGCUGCUUUGCACAGGUUGGUGCUGGAGGCACUGUUUGAGAAAUGGGAUAACGAUGUAUCAGGCUAUCUUAAUCUGAGAGAACUAGUAGAAGUCUUGAGCAAUUACAAGGAUGGAAUGGAGAAGAACGCCAUAAAGAGAGCCCAUAAGAAGCUGAAAUUCUUCCGCAAAGACUAUGCCAACAAUCCCACUUUGUCAAAAACAGAAUUUGCAGCAUACAUUGAAACAAUUGCUGCUGAAAUCUCGGACAAUGAAGCUGAUUUUGACAGCCUAGUAACAUUUCUCACAGUUAGAAAUGAGGACAGUUGCAUGGAGCGAACACGGCGUACAGCUAGAAGAAGAUGGCUGCAUGCUAUCCAACGAGCAGCAGAGACAUCUAGUUCAAGUCUUGAGUUUGUGUAUAAAUCUGUUUUCCAGACCCUUUAUAAGGAUGCAGAAGCUCAUGGUGACAAUAAGAAGAUAAGUUCUUCCAUAGCCUUGCUGAGGCAUAAUAACCACAGGCCAGAGAGGGGUGAAUACUUCCUGCACUAUGUGGCUUGCACUCUAGAAGAUGCACCAUAUGUCUUGAACCAAGCCCUCUAUAGAGAUACAGGCGUAAGCUUUGGAGCAGUUGAUGAUGGGAAACCACUGCACAUUGUCAAAGUUCAGGAUCAUGGCCGAGUCCACAUUUGGAACUGCCAUCGGGAUAAAAUAGACGGAUCUUUCGUAGUGGUUCCACUGAAGGAUCAGCACAACAGGGUGUUUGGAGUUUUGGGUAUUGACACACUGCGAGAUCACUGUGACAAGUACUUCACAUCUCAUGAGAUCAAUUUUUAUCAGGGUGUGGCAAAGGCAUUUAGUAUUGCCUAUCAUCAUGUUCGGGUCCGGAAUGACAUCCUAAAAGUUGUGGAUAAUGCUGUAUUGUGGCUGUUUAAUGAAACACCAAAUAUCAACGCUGUCAUCACCUACCUGGCAGAACCUUCAGGUAGCAAGGAUUAUGUGUUAUGCAAAACAAUGACAACGGAAUAUGAAUUUGAUGAACCAUGGUCAGAGGUACAUGUGCCUCCAGUAACUCUGCAGAAGGAGGACAGCUACUUCAGAAUCUACCUCUUCAGAUGUGCUGAUACUUCAGAAGUAAUAUUUGCUGAGACAUAUAAGGCAAGGCACAUUUGUGUACCUGUGUGGGAUUUGACGGGGAGAGCUCUUGCUGUACUUGAUAUUAAUCUUGAUUUGCGAAAACAACUCUUGGCUCAUGAACACAAAGGCCUCCUAUUGAUGCUGAAGAUUCUUCAUGAAGCCUGCAACACAAUCCUAAAGGAAGCUGCGGGAGCUCCACAACUAUGGAUCUUAGCUGACCGUGAUAAUGAAGAAAGGCGGGCAAAACUGCUGUUUCACCAAAAAAUGUUGCAGGAACUGAAAGAAAAUAUUAAUGAUCUGAGUGACAAGUCACUUGCAGAGUUCAGGAAAUCCAAAAGGCCUCCAUUAAUGGCUCAUGAUGUCUUUAGGGUUGUGUUACAUAUCUUGCAACCAAAACUAGAUGUGGAAAACAUCACCUGGGAUUAUUGCAGAAAGAACAUGAACAAUGAUUUAGUUGAUCAAAUCUGUUCCUUUGAUCCUGUUGACGAGAAUGUUCGUGUAGACAAUUACCUUUUGUCUCUCUACUUUAAACGUAUCACUGGCAGGGAAGUGUGGAAGUCUGGAUCAUUGGUUGUCUAUUAUCUGUAUCACUGGGCAUACACCGCCUUCUGCAUAAUACAACUUAAAUCAAAACUGAAAAGCUUCUACAGACCUCCCUCUGUUUGCCACUUAGCCUCUACAUGAAAGCAAUGCAUUGAUACUUUCCAAUCCAGGAGGAACUUGCUCCCAGUAGAAUUUUUUUUCUGAAAGGAAUUGUUUUCUUAUGGUCUCAAUGAAGUUUGCAGGCAUUCAAAAUCUACAGCCAUGUCACGUGUGUGUGUGUGUGUGUGCGCACGCGCGUAUGAAUAUGGAUAGUCAUCAAUGAUCUAAUCUGUGUGGGUGAAAUCAAAAUGAUAAAAUUACAAUUUGUUUUACAGUGAAUUAUGUAGAAUCUACAGCACAGAAUCGGACCAUUCAUCCUAAAAAUAUAUGCCAGUGUUUAUUCUCCAUGAAGUCUUCCCACUCUAAUGAUCCUUAUCCCAAAUUUCUGAUUCCAUUCUUUCCCAUCCUUGCAUCAAACUUUCUCCUAGAUUCAUGAAUAUUACCAAAUAUUCUCUAACGAGAGAGCAGCCGCUAUGGUCUAUGGACUAUGGUGACACAACAAACAAAUAUUUCAUAUGAUAGCAUGUUCGACAUUAUUGUUAUUCUUUCUAAUUCAAUGAAAAUGUAAAUUGACUUUAAGACCAGAGUUUAGUAUCUUUUGCAGCGAUGUUAUGAAUGCACAGAUAUCCUGAUGAGAUAUUCUGAUGUAUCAAAUAUUUUGAUAACAUUAACAAUUGGAGCAAAACAUUUACCAUUGCUUUUUUAGCAACAAACCACUACAACAAAGAGUGCCAUACUGACUACUUCUAGCAAUGAGAAAUCAAUUAUCUUUUUUAUUAGCAUAAUUUCCUAUCCAAUGUACACUCAGAGAUCUGAUAUCCUUUUCAAUUUAUGUCUCUGUCCUACUUUGAGAACAAGUCGUACUAACUAUCACAAGAGCCUGCUACCCUGCCAUCGUUCUGUUUUUUGGAUCACUGAAGAUUUACAAAUGCUAAUUCUUUUAACAAUUAAUAAAAGUAGAAUUUGCAAUGCACCUAAAAUGGGAUAGAUUAAGUUAUGGUGCUCAGUUUGCUAUCCAACAAUAUUAGAAAGUUAUAUUGCAGUACAGUCACUUACAAGGAUAUGAAUUAGGAUCAGGAAUAGACCACUCUUUGAACCUACUCUGACAUUUAAUAAGAUCAUGGCUGAUCCGACUACUCAACCUUCCACCACCACACCCCGCCCUCCCCACAUAAU